AUGGCGCGCGCGAAGCGACGCGUCGAGCUCGGCCGACGAUUCCGCGCGUGGAGCUCGUGGGCCUCGCGAAGCCUCGCGCGGCGCUGGUGCGACGCGCGCGAGACGCGCGCGCGCGCGACGGCGAAGGCGUUCGCCGGGUGGAGAGGACGCGUUCUUCCUCUCGACCGCGAACGCGCCGCCGCCGUCGUUCGCGCCGCGGCGUUCGCGACGUGGCGCGCUGCCGCGACGCGAUCCUCGCGCGAGCUGCGCGAGACGUUGGACGCGGUGCGCGCGAGCGCGGCGACGGACGUCGAGCGCGCGAUGGAACGCGCGGCGGCGGCGGAGCGAUCGUCAGUCGCGUCGCUCGAAAAAACGCGCGACGUCCAAGACGCGCUCGAGGCUUUCGAGAGGCACGCGGCCGCGCGCGACGACGCGAAAACGCGCGAGCUCGACGCCGUCCGCGCGCAAAAAGCGGACGCGCGCGAGGAGAUCGCGAGGCUCGAGAGGAGAUUGUCGGAACGCGCGUCCGAAGCGGCGGUGCGUUCGUAUUUACACCGGUCCCCAUACGACCGCGUCGGCGUGGUGAACGCCGAUCCUUAAGGACUUUUCUUCCCGGCGUCACUCUCCGCUUAUCACCCCUCGGUUUCAAUCCCCGCCCCUAUGACGCCUUUCAACUCCACCCCUGACGCCUUUCAACUCCUCGCGCGAAACUGAAAGGCGUCGGAGGCGCUCCUUUCGGCGACGCGGCGCGAGCUCAAGGAGGCGCGAGACGGCGCCGCCGCGAAGAGGGCUUUUACUUGCGCGUCGUGCGACGACGCGCGGCGCGAGCUGGAGGGCGCGAAGAUCAAGCUCGCGGCGACGAUCACGGAUCUCGGCGCGGCGCGGCGGGAGACGAGGCGACUCGAGGCUGAACUGUCGGAGAAGGCGAACGAACUGUCGGAAAAAGUUGCCGCGUCGUUCGCCGCGUCGGCGGACCUCGCCGAGCUGCGCGCCGCGUCAGAUGCCACGUCAUCCGCCACGUCGGCAGAACUCGCCGAGCUGCGCGCCGCGCUCGAGGCGAGCGACGCCGCGACGAGAGCCGCGGAGGCGCGCGAGAGGGAGACGCGCGACCGCGCGACGUC